GUAAAAUUGUAUCUCAGAGCCCUCUCCUGGCUGUUAAUCUCUUCGGGUUUGUUUUUUCGACAUUUCGACAAAGUAUCUGCAAGUUUUUAAUAUUCAUUCAUACAAUUUUUUCUUAUUAUUGUUAUUGGCGAUGUUGUAGUUAUUGCUGUUGUUGUGGUUGUUGUACUGCUGUUAACGUUUAUAUCCGUUGUUGGUUUACUCAACCAUAUUUCAUCUAACUGUUGCUGUUUGCUGCCUUUUCAAUUUCAGCAUUACAAGCCACCAACAAAUUUCAAUUUCAUUCAGUUACCUUACGGUACGGGUACUGAACUGUUGUAUUAAUUCGUAUUCAAUAAAAAAAAUAAAUAAAAUAUUGAACGAAAAAUUUAAUUUUUAUUUAUCGAUUUAAAUUUCGACUAAGUAAAAUACAAAAAUUGUAUUUGCUUGAGUGUUUAUCCUGUUUUAAACAAAAAUUAAAUUGAAAAUUCAAGUGGUUUUGAAGUGUAUAAAGUGAGUUUAAAAGAAAACUCUAUUUAAAAUAUGUACUGCUAAUAGAGAAAGCUUUCAUUUUCUGUUUAUAACUAUAAAUUAGAAUUUAAAGAAUACAAGUGUAAAAUUCAAUUACAUUCUUUGCUAUUUAAACAAACAACCCAAAAAACAAAAUUUCAACAUCACCAUCUAUAAUGUCAGCUAGGAGAGCUAAGAUACAACUUUUAUUAUUCUUCCUAAGUGUUACACUUAGUCAUUUCACCUAUGCCCAAGAUGGAGUAGGCUCCUAUAAAAGAAUCUACGAUUCUAUAAAUCCAUCAUAUCCUACAGCUACCGUGCCAGCUACAGCGGACAGUCCGAAAAAGAUUUAUACUCCCACGUAUGUAACAACUGAAUUGAGAUUUGGUCGAGUUUUGGAUCCCGAGAAGGAAACGGUUGUCACUGUAAGAGGAAAUAAGGGAGAAGAUGUUGAACUGGUAGUAGGCAAAAAUAGUCGAAAAGCUAAAUCUGGUGAAUCAAAAAGUUUCUUUGUACGAUCAGCUGGCAUUGCAAGGCCGGAACAGCCAAAAUAUUCACAAAGACCCAUAGAUUUGGAUCUUAAACACACUCCAGCUUUACUACAUCAAGCCGAAUUAACGAGACAAUCAAAGGAAUACAAAAACCGUAUGGAUGAUGCUAUGGCUAGACAAGAACAAUUAGAGAAAUUAAAGCUAAUUAAAACGCAAAACUUUAGGGAGCAGGAAGAAAAUGUAUGGCAACCAAAAAUGGCUAGAGCUGGUCGUCGUUUACGAUUUGAAUCAGAAGAACCACAAUCCUAUUAUCCCCAACAAUAUACAGAAGACAUGUACUUCAUGCCUCAACAAGCCAGAGCAAGCAAUAGACAACCUUCUUAUAUACCAGUGGGUAGAUCAAAUCAAUUUUCCUUUCCCUCUGAAAGGCAAGAUGCUCCUUCCUAUGCGCCAGAAAGACAAUGGCAGCCAAUGGAAGUUUAUGAACUCCGUAAUCGCAAUCUAAAACAAUUGCAACAACAAAUGGUGCCUGUUUCGUAUCCAGCAGAAUUUGGCUACACCCAAUCGUUCCCCAGUGAAAACUUAGAUAAUCUCUAUCGUAGCUCCAAAUAUGUGCAAACUUCACCUCCACUAAACAAUGCUUAUGAUGAAUACAAGCACAACAAACAUCCUGCCAACAUAAUCACCAAAAAUAACUACACACCAGCCCGAAAACAUACCAUAUAUGUACCCAAACCAGUUAUGAUUACCUCCGCGGCUGUGGUCCAAGAGACAGCAGCACCACAACAUCACACAGAAAGAUACCAACAGCAAAUGCAAUUUCAGCCCACUACCAAACCCUACUACGCGCAGUCGGACCCAACCACUUAUGUUCAACCUCAGGCUUCAUCGCCACAAACCACUGUUGUAGAUGGCCCCGCUGUUACCGUUAUCGAAGGCAUACGUGUGCCCGAUGCACCCGAGGACAAAGUGAAAACCUGGCGUAAUGCACGAGUUUUAAAUAACGAAUUGGUGCCAUAUCCCGACGGUUAUAUACCGCCAAAGGUGCAAAUACAAACAUUUGACAGAUAGAGAGAUAACUGAAUAAUGGGACCCUAGGAAUUUCCAUUUCCUGUUAUAUUCGCUUAUAUCUUGUCGAUAAACUUCACUAACAUUAUUGUCACUAACAUUUAGUAGAGCUAGUUGUUGUAGAAGUCUGUGUAUGUGUGUGUGUUUUUAAUUAAUUAGCAAUUGUUAUUUAUUAAUCAUAUUCAAAUAAAAAGUUACUAUGUAAUUUAGUUUGUAAUUAAAAAUUGUCGAAUUAACUAAAAUAAAUAUUUAAAUUAUG